CAAUCUUUUUAAGAGGAAUUACAAUUUAUUGCACUUCCGCGACGUCGUUCUACCUUUCUGAUAUUUAUUUAGCCUGUGUAGCUUUUAAAGUUCUUAAUGUUUUGGCCUUUUGUUGUUGUUUGGUGUGCUUCAUCAUUGAUCUGUGUUGCGUGUUUUGAUUCACCAUACUUCCAACUUGGAAAGGUCCAAGUUUCACCACCGAUUGCGUCGUGACUCUUGAGGAUCUAGAAAACUAGCCUCAAAAUAUCACAUCAUUUGUUCUUUGAAAAUACAUGACAAAAUUAAUAUUAACAUUCUUAUGCUAUAUACCUAACAAAUGGAUGCCGGUCACCAUGUUCUGCUCUUCCUUCAUGAAUAAGUCAACAACACUCAGUUUCUUCAAUACUACCCUCGAAACCCACCACAACAAUCACACACUACUGAUCCUAACUUCCCGCAAACAUGAGAAUCUUCUUCACUCACCUUAACUCCCUCAUCAUCCUUGUUAUUAGCUUCUUCUUCUUUAUCACUCCAUCAACCUCUUUGGAUACUUUAACCGGGACUCAAAUCCUCACAACCAACCAAACCUUGUUGUCAAAAAACCAAACCUUCGUUCUAGGCUUCUUCAGAGGUUCCAACACCAACUAUUACCUCGGAAUAUGGUACAACAACAUCAAUCCUCGAACAAUAGUUUGGGUUGCAAACAGAGACAACCCCGUUGACAACUCUACCGGCCAUCUCAAGAUUGGAGACAACGGAAACUUUGUCCUCCUCAAUUCAUCCGGGAAACCCGCAUGGUCCUCCAACCAAACCAGCGCCAAGAAUCCAGUUCUUCAGCUCCUCGAUACCGGUAACCUUGUUCUCAAAGAUUCAUCAGACAAGACCAAUAAUAACUACUUAUGGCAGAGCUUUGAUUACCCAACGGAUACCGUGUUACCGGGGAUGAAGAUCGGUUGGAACUUGGACACAGGAACGGAGAAGCAUUUAACAUCAUGGAAGGUUACAGGUGAAGACCCUUCAAGCGGUGACUUCACUAUGAAGUUAGAUUACCAUGGUUUACCUGAGGCUUUCCUCAGGAAAAACCAAACUAUAAUAUUCCGAACUGGUCCUUGGAAUGGUGAGGGAUACAGUGGGAUCCCGGCGAUGAAAAACAACAUCGACGGUCUCAAGUUCAAUUUCACUUAUGAUGAGCACAGUGUGUGGUACUCUUUUUCCAUUACAGAACCUUCCUUGUUGCCGAGGAUAAUUGUGACAUCUGAUACUGAUGGCGAGUUUCAACGCUACAUGUGGAUACAAGGAAGUUGGAACAAGUUCUGGUAUCAACCAGCGGAUCAAUGCGAUUACUAUAGACAGUGUGGUCCGUACGGAGUGUGUGACGAGAAUGCUUCAUCGAUUUGCAAGUGUAUGCAGGGGUUCAGGCCUAAGAACCAAGAAGCUUGGAACUUGAGAGAUGGAUCUGAUGGGUGUGUGAGGAACACGGUUUUGAAUUGUUCCACUGACAAGUUCUUGCAUCUUGAGCACACGAAGCUGCCGGAGACAAGCAGUGUGUUUGUGAAUAAGAGUAUGACACUUGAUGAAUGUGGGAGUUUGUGUAAGAGGAAUUGUUCAUGCACUGCAUAUGCAAACAUCGAUAUCAGAAAUGGAGGAAGUGGCUGUGUUAUGUGGCUUGGUCAACUCAUUGACACGAGAGUCUACAGUACGGAUGGCCAAGAUCUCUAUGUCAGAUUAGCAGCUGCUGAUAUAGGAUCUACUAGCUCCAACAAGAAUCAUAGAGUAGUCCAGGCUGUUGGCAUCACACUUAUUUUAGUUUUGGGAUUGGUUGCUAUUUGUUACCUAAUGAAGAAGAGUAAACAAAGAUCUAGAGCCGCUAUUCCAGGUUUUGUCCGCAGAAGUCAUGAUUGGAUAAUGAAUGCGGUGGUGUUUUCUAGAAAACACUUAGGUGAUGAAAGGAACAUGGAUGAUCUGGAAUUGCCAAUGUUUGAUUUCGAUACCUUAACAAUGGCUACAAACAAUUUCUCUCAAGAUAAUAAACUUGGAGAAGGAGGCUUCGGUAGUGUUUAUAGAGGAAGAUUGAUUGAAGGCCAAGAGAUUGCUGUGAAGAGAUUAUCAAAGAAUUCUGGACAAGGAAAUGAAGAGUUCAAGAAUGAAGUCAAGUUAAUUGUCAAGCUGCAACACCGAAAUCUUGUUCGGUUGCUUGGUUGCUGCAUUGAGAAGGAUGAGAAGAUGUUGGUGUAUGAGUAUAUGGAAAAUAGAGGCCUUGAUUCCAUUUUAUUUGGUAGUAUUGUUUAUUUCAAUAUUUUCUACUUUCUGAUUAUGAUCUAUAUUUGUUUUGCUCUUAUCCUUAGUUUAUAUGUAUUAAUAAUAACUGAUGUUGCAGACAAAUCGAAAAAACCCUUGCUUGAUUGGGAAAGACGUUUCAAUAUUAUAUAUGGGAUAGCCAAAGGGCUUCUUUAUUUGCAUCAAGAUUCGAGAUUUCGAAUUAUUCAUAGAGAUCUCAAGACAAGUAACAUAUUAUUAGAUAAUGAAAUGAAUCCAAAAAUAUCAGACUUUGGAAUGGCUAGAAUUUUUGACAAAGAUCAAAUGCAAGCAAAAACAUUAAGAAUUGUUGGAACAUAUGGUUAUAUGUCUCCUGAAUAUGCUAUGGACGGAAACUUCUCAAUAAAAUCUGAUGUUUUUAGCUUUGGAGUUAUGGUAUUGGAGAUUAUAACUGGAAAAAAGAAUCGAAAGUUUUACAGUGAUAACAAUGAAUUGAAUCUUCUAGGAAAUGUAUGGAGGCAUUGGCAUAAAGGAACUGCACUGACACUAAUUGAUCCAUCCAUUGGCAAUUCAUAUGCAAAAUCUAAAGUUAUGAGAUGCAUACAUAUUAGUCUCUUAUGUGUACAAGAACGUGCAGAAGAUAGACCAACAAUGCCUUCAGUGGUCUUAAUGUUGAGUAGUGAAGCUCCAUCAAUGCCAAAACCUAAAAUUCCUGGAUUUUACGCAAGGACAAAUGAUCCAGAGAUUGAUUCAUCUUCAAACAAGCAAAAUGAAAUAUGGAGUGUGAAUCAAGUCACAAUCACAAUGUUAGAUGCUAGGUAGUUUAUGACGAAUGAUAUCAUCCACUAUUUCUGUAUAUAUUCUUAAAAAAAAGGAGAGACAAAUUCUACUUCCAUUUAUGGUUCUUUUUAUUCUUUAAUCAAGUUAGAUUUGAUGAGUCAGAUUUUUAGUAAUAAGAAAUUAAGAAUCAAAUUUGGAUGAUUCAAUCAGAAUACAUAGACAAAAAUUCAUAGCUUAAAUGAAGUUUAGAUCCAGGGACAAAUUAGUUUUUGAUCUACUGGACUCGGAAAUACCAUGAUCUCAUAAUACCAUUAGCUUAUAAUUUUUUAAGAGUCAUAAUUUUAAAAGUAAUUCUAAUCAUAUUAAAGUUUUUUUUUUUAACUCUUCGGGUUUUUUCCGUUGCUUAACAAAGAAAAAAUUUCAACCCUAAAGUAACCUACCAAAUCUUGCUUAUAAGAAAAUAAAAAUAAAUAAAAACUACCAAUUUUCUCCGAAGUAUAGAUACUCCACUUUAUGUUUGAUAAGAAUUAUGAACUAUAUUACUGUUAUAGAAUACAGUUAUCAUAUUGGUUUAAGCAUUCUCAUCUGAUAAAGAAGCAAAAACUCAUUCUAAUAUAAAAACGAGUUAUAUCUCAACUAUUCUCAUCAAGAGCAGAACAAUUUGCAUCAUCAUUGACACACUUGACAAGGAUAUUGGAGAAUUAAAGUUUUCGUUUUCGUUGUUACUUUCAGCAAAAAAUGAAUAUUAGGAUUCCAGUCUUAUUAUUUUAGGACAUCCCGACUUGUAGUUUAACUGGUUAGGCACAUUCAGAGUAAAUGAUCAAUGAAUGGUUAUUAUUACUAUCCAGCCCUUAUU